UAUUCUCGAAGUGGGCCACUGGCAUCCCGAAAAUCUAGACCAUUAGUGAACUUUUGGGUGCAACAAUAAAAAAUGGAAGAAGUGAGCUAUGAACUUCCUCCUAUCUUCAAUCUGCCAAAAUCACAACUUCAGUUGUAUGGUGAGUCUGUGUACUGCAUUGGUGAGGAUACGCUGAGCAGGUGUGCUAAUGGAAAGAACGCUCUAGAGAGAUUCACGAGUGUUGUUGCAUGGAAUAUAUCGACAGCUCGGCCAGCGAUCUUUGGUUUAGCACCGUUCAAUCCCGUCCUUGGAGAAACGCAUCAUGUGUCGAGGGGAAGUUUAAAUGUUCUUCUUGAACAGGUUUCACAUCACCCACCAGUAACUGCACUGCAUGCAACAGAUGAAAAUGCAAACGUGGAGCUAAUUUGGAGCCAAAAUCCUGUACCCAAGUUCUAUGGUUGGUCAUUUCAAACUUUCCAAAUAACGUACGAAAAAAACACUUUAUAUCUUUAUGAAUGACUCUAAAUGGAUUUUUUUUUGCUUCAUUAGUACAAGUUCUGAUUGCUAAACCAUAAUUCCGAUGAGAUCCGUUUCAAAGAUUUUCAAUCUCAGUGGACCCAAAAGAUGG